AUGUCAUCAGAGCGUCACACCACCGCAUCCUCCGGCUUACUGCCAACUCCCGACAAUGACAGCGAGGCUCAGAGCUGUUCGCAUAGUCGCAAUGAGAUCCAAAGCCUCUUUAAUUCCUAUGGAGCCGUGAAGCCAAACCAGGUCACUCUGAUCGUUCUCAUUUCAUAUACGAUCGUUGGCAUCUUGGUUUACCAUGUCCUAUGCGCUCUGGCAGAGGUGGCUUCUCCCAGGUCGUCGGCGAUUGCUGAUCAUGCUGCGAAAUUUUGUGACCCAUCUCUUGGUUUCACAAUAGAGUGGAUAUACUGGUUGAAGCUUUUGGUGGUCACACCGAACCAACUGACAGCAGCAGCUCUGGUAGUGUCAUACUGGUUGGAUGCCGACAUCGUCAAUCCUGGCAUAUGGAUAACUGUGUUCAUGGUAAUCAUACUCGGUGGGAACUACUGGGGUAGUCGGUUUAUGGACCAAUAUGAGUUCAUUCUCUCUUCUUUCAAAAUCACAGUUGUUCUCGCUCUUAUGAUCUUUUCCCUAGUUCUAGCGCUAGGAGGCGGCCCUGAUCACGAUAGGAUCGGAUUUCGAUACUGGGGAACUCCAGGUGCCUUUGCCGGCGAUCAUACAGCUAUUGGGAUACUUCGCGCCAUAUUCCGAACGAUGCCUUCCGCCACCUUUGCAUAUCUAGGAAGUGAAUUGAUCGGGAUCAAUAUUCUGCGUACGAAGAAUACGCGAAAAACAGCGCUGCACGCAACCAAGCUAACUUUCUACCGCAUCCUGGUUAUCAACAUCGUUACCGUUACCUUCAUUGGUAUGUUGGUUCCAUUUGACGCCAAGGAGCUGGAAUUCGCUAGGGUAAAAACAAGCUCGAGACUGUAUGCGAGAUCUACCUUUACCGGAGACCAACAGCCUGCCGCUUCCUCAGCAGCUGCUUUUGUGGUGGCGGUUCAGAUAGCUCACAUAGCUGUGAUGCCGCAUAUUCUCAAUGCGUGUUUCCUUUUGUUCAUAUUAUCCGCUGCAAACCAUUCCCUCUAUAUGGCAACACGGACUCUUUACAGUUUAUCCCUCUCACGAAACGCUUUUGCCUUCCUGUCUCAUCUCGACCGUAGAGGGACUCCGAUCUACACACUCUUCGUAUGCUCAGCGGUCGCCUCGCUGGCAUACUUGAACAUACAGGAAGAUUCAAAGUGUCUCUUUAAUCACUUUGUGAACUUGGUUACCAUGUUCAGCAUUCUCACCUGGAUCUCGAUUCUUAUGGUUCACCUUACGCUCGCAAGGUCCCGAAAGGCAAAAGUUGAGGCUAACCCGCUCACCUUCAGGGCUCCAUUUGGAGUCGCUGGAUCAUGGGCUGCCCUGGCUUUCUGUGUUUUUAUUACGGCAAUGAGGGGCUUUGACACAGUGGACUCUGAUGGGAAUCCUAGCGAAGUCGAUUACAAGGCCAUUGUCACAUCAUACAUUGGUAUCCCGUUGUAUUUAUUGCUGUUCAUUGGUCAUAAAAUUUUCAUUAGAAACAGAAAGAAUCAGCAGGAUACGGGAUCAAUUGAAAUGGUGUCAUAG